AUCCACCGGUAGCCGCUCCCCUUUCUACAUUUAAGCGCGGUUCUUUGUUUCUGUACAUACCAUUUCGCACCAGAAUAAGUCCUUUCCCCCGCCGGAGCCACCGGACCCUCCUCGCCGGUGGGCUUCCCUCGCCCGCUUCCCAAUAAGAUGAAGCGGGCCUUUUCCUUCUCUCCUUCUGUCGCCGUCGUCGUCUUGGCAAUCUCCUUUAUCUACUUCUCUACGAUCUUCAUCUUCAUUGACCGGUGGUUCGGCCUCAUGUCCUCGCCUGGAAUUAUGAACGCCGUCGUUUUCACCGCUGUGGCUCUCAUGUGCAUCGCCAAUUACGUCCUCGCUAUCUUUACGGAUCCCGGUCGGGUCCCCUCGACCUAUAUGCCUGAUAUAGAGGAUUCUGAAAACCCUAUUCAUGAGAUCAAGCGUAAGGGAGGUGAUCUGAGAUACUGUCAAAAGUGUUCUCAAUAUAAGCCUCCACGUGCACAUCAUUGCCGAGUUUGCAAAAGAUGCAUUUUACGAAUGGACCACCAUUGCAUUUGGAUAAAUAAUUGCGUCGGCCAUGAAAACUAUAAGGUGUUCUUCGUGUUUGUCGUGUAUGCUGUGGUCUCGUGUAUCUACUCCCUGGUCUUACUAGUUGGCAGUCUUACAAUUGAUCCUUCUAAGGAUGAGCAGCAAAUUGGAAGCCCUUUUAGAACUGUAUAUGUUGUUGCUGGACUGUUGCUAAUUCCAUUAAGUAUGGCUUUAAGUGUUCUUUUAGGUUGGCAUGUUUACCUAAUUUUGCACAACAAGACUACAAUAGAGUAUCAUGAAGGGGUAAGAGCUAUGUGGCUUGCGGAGAAAGGUGGGAAUGUGUACUCACAUCCAUAUGAUCUUGGUGCCUUUGAGAAUCUUACCACGAUUCUUGGCCCAAAUAUAUUAAACUGGAUAUGCCCUAUGUCGAGACAUAAAGGCUCUGGUCUUCGCUUCCAAACGGCCUAUGACAAAUCAAUUAGCACAUCGAAGUGAAAAGGAAAGUUUCAUUUCUACCCUAGACAUUUGUUUUAGAAGAACGAGCUAUGCAGCCCUCAACCACCAUCAGGGAUUCAUAUUUACUGAGGUCUUCACCCAGGGAUGGUUCUUUGAAGAACCCAAAUCUCAGACAGCAUUGUGACGGUUGAAAUAGAUACAUUGCCAUGACUGCCGUGACUCAUUGGCUAGUUACUGAGAUUAUCUAUUCCAACCUUUUUCUUGUCAACAUCAAGAGCUCAGCAAAUCUGUUUCAGGUAUCAUUUAUCCUUUCUUGUUUGUUUUUAGGGGAAAAAAAAAAUACCAUUUGAAGUUAGGGUCUGCAGAAUGUCGAGGACGACGCAGUUCAUAGGUUGAUGUAGAAAUGAGAGAUCCCAGAUGUGGGCGGGUGUUUGUGUACAUGAGUUUAUUCAACACGCUAACAAAUUGUUUUGUGUAGUUGUAGCUCCUUAACUUAUAACAAAAAAGGAGGUAAAGUGCAAUUAAGAUGAAGGAAAUAUUUUGUUUUUUCUUUGAAAUCUUUCAUUUGUGGUAUUACUGCUUAGUUUUUACUUGUUUCUCCAUCGAAUUCUUCACUGUGAUUGAAGCUAAUGCUCUCCACAUUCAAAAUUCUCAAGCUUUUUUUGUCAGUUUUUAUUUCUGACUAGAAAUGGAGGAUUGAUGAAGAAGCCAGAAUCCACCACAUCAAUGUACAUUCAUAUACUAGAUUCUUAUAAUUGCCUUCUCCUUCCUUUAUUAAUCUUGAGGUGAGAAUUUCUUUU